GCCACGUGAUCUAAACGGAUGAUGGCGGGCGCCACGGAAGAUGUGCGAGCGCUCUUCGGAGCUGGCGUCCGCGCUGCGCUGGAGGCUUGGCCCGCUUUACAGAUCGCUGUGGAGAAUGGCUUCGGGGGCGUGCACAGCCAGGAGAAGGCCGAGUGGCUGGGGGGUGCAGUGGAGGAUUACUUCAUCGCCAAUGCUGACUUGGAGCUGGAAGAGAUAGAAGAUUUUCUUGGAGAGCUGAUGACCACUGAGUUUGAUACAGUUGUGGAAGAUGGGAGUCUGCCCCAGGUGAGCCAGCAGCUACAGACCAUGUUCCACCACUUCCAGAAGGGUGAUGGGGCUGCUCUUCAGGAGAUGACCUCUCACAUCAACCAAAAAAAGUGUAAAGUCACAGCUACCCCACUUAAGACAGCCAAAGAAACUGAUGUGGCUGAAGAUGAUGUGGACAGCGUGGAAGAAAUGGAGGUGAAAGAGGUGACAGCUACUAAUGAUGGGGCUACAACGGAUGAAGUCUGCCCCCAGCCUCAACCCUCUGGUCCAGACUCCCAGACUAUUAAGGAAGAGGAUAUAGUUGAAGACGGUUGGACCAUUGUCCGGAGAAAGAAAUGAGCAGGGCAGUACAUGUUUUGGGCCCUCAUUUGUUAGAUGUUAUGAGAGACUUAGAGGAGCUGUUUUGGGAGGGCUGUACACCUCUGUCCUGGAAACCAUAUCCCUUCUUUGUUCCCUAGAGUCCUUGGUUGUGGGGUUGAAGGGACCUAUUCCAACCCCUUGAAUCUUAAGGUACCAUAUGAGAGAUGAGAGCAGGUUUCCCAGUAUAGUGCCUCCUAGGUGCAGUGAAUGUAAAGAAGGGUGAUAGUGGAUGUGGUUGUAGCCUGGGCUUGUGGAAAGUCAGCAGGUACAUUUGUAGAAAGGACCAGAAUUCCACAGUGGAAGGCUGACUGCAUUGGCAUUCGUGAGAUAAUCAUACAGUUGGAAGAGAGAAGAGAUGUAAACAUUUCUACAUUCCCCAGCCUCCCACAGAGUACCCCCCACCCUGCCCAGAAUUUGCAUCCUCCUGGGAAUGCUCCCCGCUUAAAUACCCUUUAGAGUUUGAAGGACUUGACUAGAAGUGGCAAACUUGGGAAAGUUGGGCUGUUUUAAGUCCAGGGAUGAGGCUUAAGACCUUAAUAACAUAACACUUUCUUGUUUAAUCCAUGAUUUAACCUUGGAAUCAGCUGAGAGCUCAGCUUCAAAAUUCGGCAAGAGAGUAGUUUCUGCACCCUCCCAUCUCCCUUAGUAGCCUGGGAUUUUGGACAAACGGACGGACCAUAGUAGUGCUCUGAAAGUUACUGUACGCCUGAAAUAAACUGUAUUUUUCUUUAAAAAACA